UUUCCUUUUUUCCGAAAUCACAAAUUUCAUUUCAUGCAAUUGUAUUGUAACAAAUUCUUCACACUCUCUCUCCCACUUCACACUUCACUCUUCCACUCUCUCUCAGCUUUUUUUCAAACGCGCUUUUCUCAACAACGAUCAAACCCUAGCUUACUCGGGUUUUUCAGUUAUCCAACUUAAACGAACUUCUUCGUGUUUUCUUCAGCUAGGUGAUCGAAACCUACGGGUUUUGUUUUCAGCUAGCUGAGACGCGUUGAAUUUUUCAGAAAUUAAUCUCUGAGGUCUACAGAUUUACCAAGGUAUUCAUCAUGGAAGAUAAUGCCACUACAUCCCUUUUGGAUGGGAAGGUUGUUGGGAUCCGCUUCAGUAUGGCUACACGCCAUGAAAUUAGUACUGCAUCAAUUAGUGAUUCCCAAAUUAGCCAUGCGAGUCAACUGGCUAAUCCUUUCCUUGGGCUUCCACUUGAGUUUGGACGGUGUGAAUCUUGUGGCACUUCCGAAGCAGGAAAAUGCGAAGGCCACUUUGGAUAUAUUGAACUUCCAGUUCCUAUUUAUCAUCCUAGCCAUGUUACUGAGUUGAAGAAAAUACUGAGCCUGGUCUGCUUAAGCUGCUUGCGAUUGAAGAAAACCAAGGUACCUUCUUCAAGCAGUGGCUUGGCACAGAGAUUAUUAUCUCCUUGCUGUGAGGAUGUUAAUGCUGCACAAGUUUCUAUUCGGGAGGUCAAAACAGCUGAUGGGGCUUGUUACUUGGCACUAAAGGUGUCAAAGUCAAAGAUGCAUGACGGAUUUUGGACCUUUCUAGAAAAAUAUGGCUAUCGCUAUGGGGGAGAUCAUACUCGAGCUUUGCUUCCUUGUGAGGCAAUGGAAAUUAUCAAGAGACUUCCUCAAGAAACAAAGAAGAAACUUGCUGGAAAGGGAUAUUUUCCUCAAGAUGGAUAUAUUUUAAAAUACCUUCCUGUACCACCAAAUUGCCUGUCUGUGCCAGUAGUUUCAGAUGGUGUCAGUAUCAUGUCUUCGGAUCCGGCCUUGACAAUUCUCAGAAAAUUGCUUAGGAAGGUUGAAGUCAUCAGAAGUUCAAGAUCUGGUGAACCAAACUUUGAGUCUCAUCAAGUGGAAGCCAACGACUUGCAAUCCGUGGUCGAUCAGUAUCUUCAAAUCAGGGGAACUUCUAAGGCCGCACGUGAUAUUGAAACACACUACGGGGUUAACAAAGAGCUGAAUGAUUCCUCAACAAAAGCGUGGUUGGAAAAAAUGAGGACGUUGUUUAUCAGAAAGGGUUCCGGGUUUUCUUCCCGGAAUGUGAUCACUGGAGAUGGGUAUAAGAAAAUAAAUGAAGUUGGAAUUCCGCUUGAGGUUGCCCAAAGGAUCACAUUUGAGGAAAGAGUCAGCAUUCAUAACAUCCACUAUUUACAGAAGUUGGUGGAUGAAAACUUGUGCUUGACAUACAAGGAAGGUAUGUCAACCUACUCACUGAGGGAGGGCUCAAAGGGGCACACUUAUCUUAAACCUGGUCAGAUAGUGCACCGGAGGAUUAUGGACGGGGAUACUGUUUUCAUAAACAGACCGCCAACCACCCACAAGCACUCCUUGCAAGCACUUGUGGUAUACAUCCAUGAUGACCACACUGUCAAAAUUAAUCCACUAAUAUGUGGACCACUAGGGGCGGAUUUUGAUGGUGACUGUGUCCAUUUGUUUUAUCCCCAGUCACUCGCUGCUAAAGCCGAGGUUUUGGAGCUUUUCUCUGUAGAGAAACAACUUCUCAGCUCUCAUAGUGGUAAUCUUAACCUUCAGUUAUCCGCAGAUUCAUUAUUGUCACUCAAGAUGCUCGUCAAGAGUUGUUUUUUGGAUAGAGUAGCAGCAAAUCAAAUGGCAAUGUUUCUUUUACUGCCUUUGCCAAUGCCUGCUUUACUCAAGGCCACUACCGGUGAUUCUUAUUGGACAUCUAUACAGAUUUUGCAGUGUGCUUUGCCUUUCUCGUUUGAUUGUACUGGAGGACGAUACUUGAUCAGGCAGAGGGAAAUCUUAGAAUUUGAUUUUACCAGAGAUAUUUUACCUUCAAUUAUAAAUGAAAUAGCUGCCUCAAUUUUUUUUAGUAAGGGUCCUCAGGAGGCACUCAAUUUCUUUGAUGUGAUACAACCCUUUCUGAUGGAAAAUAUAUUUGCCCAUGGAUUUAGUGUGGGAUUACAAGACUUUUCAAUAUCCAGGGCAGUGAAAAGGGUUAUAAAUAGGAGCAUUGGGAAAGUUUCACCUUUGUUGCGUCAGCUGAGGGGAAUGUACAAAGAACUGGUGGCUCAACAAUUGGAGAAAGUCAUUCAAGAUAUUGAACUUCCGGUUAUAAAUUUUGCUUUGAAGUCAACCAAACUUGGAGAUUUGAUUGACUCAAAGAGUAAGUCGGCUGUUGACAAGGUAAUUCAACAAAUUGGCUUUUUAGGCCAACAACUCUUUGAGAGAGGAAAGUUUUAUUCCAAGGGAUUGGUUGAGGAUGUAGCUUCUCAUUUUCAAUUGAAGUGUUUCUAUGACAAGGAUGAUUAUCCCUCUGCUGAGUUUGGUUUGCUCAAAGGAUGCUUCUUUCAUGGUUUAGAUCCAUAUGAAGAGUUGGUGCAUUCCAUUGCAACGAGAGAAAUAAUUGACCGCUCUUCUAGAGGAUUAUCUGAACCAGGCACACUAUUCAAGAACUUGAUGGCCAUUCUCCGUGAUGUUGUUAUUUGCUAUGAUGGAACUGUGAGGAAUGUAUGUAGUAAUUCCAUCAUCCAGUUUGAAUAUGGCAUACAAUCUGGAGAUGCAGCCCAGCACUUAUUCCCUGCUGGUGAGCCUGUAGGUGUCUUAGCUGCAACUUCCAUGUCAAACCCUGCUUAUAAAGCAGUCCUUGAUGCUAGUCCAAGCAGCAAUUCUUCCUGGGGGUUUAUGAAGGAAAUACUCCUUUGCAAGGUGAACUUCAGGAAUGAACCAAAUGACCGUCGUGUAAUUUUAUAUUUAAAUGAUUGUGAUUGUGGGAGGAAUUAUUGUCGUGAAAAUGCUGCAUAUUUGGUUCAAAAUCAAUUGAGAAAAGUAAGCCUCAAGGAUGCCGCACUAGAUUUCAUUGUUGAAUACCAGCAGCAGCGAAGACGCAGAGAUGGUACUGAAGAUGCAGGCCUUGUUUGUCACAUUCGUCUUAAAGAGGUGAAGUUAGAGGAAUUGAAGAUCAAUAUGACUGAAGUUUACCAAAAAUGCCAAGAGAAACUUAAUUCCUUUAGUCGGAAGAAGAAACUUUCCCCAUUUUUUAAGAGAACUGAAUUAAUUUUCAGUGAGUUUUGCUCUGCUCCUUGUGUAACAUUCCUUUGGCCGGAUGGUGUUGAUUUAGACCAAACGACUAAAGUCCUGGCUGACAUGAUCUGCCCAGUUCUGUUAGAAACAAUCAUACAAGGAGACCCUCGUAUCAGUUCCGCAAGUAUAAUUUGGGUUAAUCCUGGCACGAACACAUGGGUUCGUAACCCGUCCAAAUCUUCUAAUGGUGAAUUAGCACUGGACGUCAUUCUUGAGAAAGAAGCUGUUAAACAAAGUGGCGAUGCUUGGAGGAUUGUACUCGAUUCCUGCCUUCCUGUUCUUCAUUUGAUUGAUACUAGACGUUCUAUCCCUUAUGCUAUUAAGCAAAUUCAGGAAUUACUGGGCAUUGCAUGCACUUUUGAUCAAGCGAUUCAGCGUCUUGCAGCAUCAGUUAGAAUGGUGGCAAAAGGCGUUCUCAGAGAGCAUCUCAUUCUCUUAGCAAGUAGUAUGACUUGUGGUGGAAAUUUGGUUGGUUUUAAUACAGGUGGUUAUAAAACACUGGCUCGUCAAUUAGACAUUCAAGUACCAUUCACCGAUGCAACACUCUUUACUCCUCGAAAAUGCUUUGAAAGAGCUGCUGAGAAACACCACUCAGACUCUUUGUCAAGCAUUGUUGCCUCUUGUUCCUGGGGUAAGCACGUGGCGGUUGGUACAGGAUCAAAAUUUGAUAUUGUAUGGGAUCCGAAAGAGAUAAAAACAAAUGAAAUUGAAGGGAUGAAUGUUUACAAAUUUCUCAAUAUGGUCAAAGGCCUUGCCAACGGGGAAGAAGAAACCAAUGCUUGUUUGGGUGAGGACAUCGAUGAUCUGUUUGACGAUGAAAAUGGGGACUUUGACAUGUCCCCACAGCAUGCCUCUGGAUUUGAUGCUGUCUUUGAUGAGACUUUUGAACUUCCGAAUGGCUCAACAUCAAAUGGUUGGGAUUCAAAUAAAGACCAGAUUGAUCAGCCCAAUACAAACUCAAAUGAUUGGUCUGGUUGGGGACCAAAUAAAUCUGACUUACAAGUUGAUGUUAUCCAAGAAGACUCUUCUAAGUCUAGUGCUUGGGGGGCUGCAACAAAUCAAAAGAGUGACCAGUCUGCUUCUGCUUGGGGUAAAGCUGUGGUGCAAGAAGACUCUUCAAAGUCCGGUGCUUGGGGGACUGCCACAAAUCAAAAUAGUCAGCAGCCUUCUUGGGGGGCUGCAACAAAUCAAAAGAGUGACCAGUCUGCUUCUGCUUGGGGUAAAGCUGUGGUGCAAGAAGACUCUUCAAAGUCCGGUGCUUGGGGGACUGCCACAAAUCAAAAUAGUGAGCAGCCUUCUUGGGGGGCUGCAACAAAUCAAAAAAGUGACCAGUCUGCUUCUGCUUGGGGUAAAGCUGUGGUGCAAGAAGACUUUUCAAAGUCUGGUGCUUGGGGGACUGCCACUAAUCAAAAUAGUGAGCAGCCUUCUUGGGGGGCUGCAACAAAUCAAAAGAGUGACCAGUCUGCUUCUGCUUGGGGUAAAGCUGUGGUGCAAGAAGACUCUUCAAAGUCUGGUGCUUGGGGGACUGCCACUAAUCAAAAUAGUGAGCAGCCUUCUUGGGGGCUGCAACAAAUCAAAAGAGUGACCAGUCUGCUUCUGCUUGGGGUAAAGCUGUGGUGCAAGAAGACUCUUCAAAGUCCGGUGCUUGGGGGACUGCCACUAAUCAAAAUAGUGAGCAGCCUUCUUGGGGGGCUGCAACAAAUCAAAAGAGUGACCAGUCUGCUUCUGCUUGGGGUAAAGCUGUGGUGCAAGAAGACUCUUCAAAGUCCGGUGCUUGGGGUAAUGCGAAAUCUGUGGUACAAGAAGACUCUUCAAAGUCUGGUGCUCCGGCCAACACAAAUCAUAGUAGUGAUCAGUCCUGUUGGGGACAAAUAAGGUGGAGAGGAAAGAGCCCAAGGAGAAUCUGGUGGCACUAAAAAAUGGAAAGCUGAUGUUAGCCAAGAAGACUCGACAAACUCAGGUGGUUGGAAAGCUUGGGGAAGCAGUAAACCUGAAGUACAUGAGGGUGAGUCUACAAAAGUACAAGAUUCUUGGAACUCUCAGAAAUGGAAAGCUGGAGAGGAUGUUACCCAAAAAGACUCUCAGAAGUCUAGUGCUUGGGGUGCAACAAAACUGAAGUCAAAUGAUAUCCAAGAAGACUCGACAAACUCAGGUGGUUGGAAAGCUUGGGGAAGCAGUAAACCUGAAGUACAUGAGGGUGAGUCUACAAAAGUACAAGAUUCUUGGAACUCUCAGAAAUGGAAAGCUGCAGAGGAUGUUAGCCAAAAAGACUCGCAGAAGUCUAGUGCUUGGGGUGCAACAAAACCGAAGUCAAAUGAUAAUAGGUCCUCGUGGGGACAGAAAAAAGAUGAAAUACAUGUUAUGCCAGAAGAUUCUUCUAGAUCUAAUGCCUGGGAACAGAAGCCGGAAAAUGUAAAGGACAGUUGGGUUGCCAAAGUGCCGGUUGCCAAUAGCUCUUGGGGUAAGGCUAAAUCACCAGAAAACCGACCUUGGGAUUCGAAGAACGAGCCAAACAACUCUUUUGGAAAACCCAAUUCACAAGAAAACGAGCCUUGGGAUUCCAAGAAUGAGUCGGAUAGCUCCUGGGGGAAACCAAAAUCACAAGAAAGCCAACCUUGGGAUUCCAAGAACGAGUCAAAUAGCUCUUGGGGAAAACCCAAAUCGCAAGAAAACCAUCCUUGGGAUUCUAAGAAUGAGUCAAAUCAAACUGCAGGUUCUCGUGGAUGGGACUCUCAAGUUGCCUCUGCUAACUCUGAAAGCGACAAAAGUUUUCAAUGGGGAAAACAAGGACGAGAUUCAUUUAAGAAAAAUCGAUUCGAAGGUUCGCAAAGUGGGGGUCCAAAUGCUGGGGACUGGAAAAACAGGAGUCGCCCUGUCAGACCACCUGGACAGAGGUUUGAAUUAUACACUCCUGAAGAGCAAGAUAUCAUGAAGGAUAUUGAACCUAUUGUCCAGUCAAUCAGAAGAAUCAUGCAACUACAAGGGUACAAUGAUGGGGAUCCGCUAGCUAACGAAGACCAAAAGUAUGUGCUCGAGAAUGUUUUCGAGCAUCAUCCGGAUAAAGAAACAAAAAUGGGUGUUGGAGUUGAUCAUGUCAUGGUCAGCAAACACAGCAAUUUUCAAGACAGCAGAUGCUUGUAUGUGGUUUUAAAAGAUGGUAAAAAGGAAGACUUUUCGUACCGCAAGUGCCUGGAAAACUUGGUGAGGAAGAAAUAUCCGGAGACUGCUGAAUCAUUCUGCGGCAAAUAUUUCAGGAAACCGCAACCCCGUGUAAAGAGGGACCAGACUCCAAAUCCAGCAGGGGAGCAGACUGCAGCUCCAAAUCCAGCAGGGGAGCAGACUGCAGCUCCAAACCCAGCAGGGGAGCAGACUGCAACUCAAAAUCCACCAGGGGAGCAGACUUCAACUCCAAAUCCAGCAGAGGAGCAGACCCCUACACCAGCCGGGGAUCAGACAUCAACUCCAGUGCCGAUGGAAACCAAUUAGUUGAAGCUGAGAACUGUGUCCUUAAUUUUGUACAGAAAUGGCACAGUUUAGGCAAAGGUUUCAACUCCAGUGCCUAGUUGAAGUUGAGAACUGUGUCCUAUUUUGUUUGUUGUCUCAGUCAGCAUCAUAGUUACUUGUUUUAGCCUGUGAUUGAUGAUGUUAAAAAAAAUGGAAAUGUUUAUAUUUUUGAACACUUGAAUGAUGAUAGCAUGUGAUGUGUCUGCCAAACUACCUUGCUCAUCAUUUGAUCUAACCCCUCAAUCUCAUUCGGCUUCUAGACAAUGACCAAACCACUGUACCAGAAUGGAAACCUUCUGAUUUGUUUCAUGAAUUAACUCGUCUGUUAUGCUGUGUAUAUGUUAUCAUCCAGCAUUCUAUUUUAUCUGUAUGGUGGUAGAUUAUUUGGUUAUAUUUUUCUCCUUUGUCUCAUCUGUGCAAUACAAAGGAGUAUAGAGAGCCAUUUAAUCGCAUGUUUGUAACAAUAUAGUAUGUGGUACGCUUAGGCAUGUGCAAUUUUUUCUUGAAUUAAUUUUUUGCAGCAUUGUUUUUUUUUA